CCAAAUUGCACUCAUACUGCUCUUUUAAAGAUUGCAACUCACUGUUGCAGGGAGAGGUAGAGACUUCUUCUCAUGAUGAUCAUAAAAACAUGCAAGAGCCAGACUCAUCAGGACUAUUCUCAAGGACAAGUGAGGAAAGCGGCUCAUGGAUGCAGCAUGCAUGUACCAGUUACCAGAAAGAUUUCCUGAGGCUUUCUGCAUGGACCACAUCUCCCUGCUACAAUCCAUCAGGGGCCUGUCCAGAGGUGUUUCUGGAAGGUAGCAAAGGCUCUCCAGACUUCGAGGGACACUUGAAAUCGACCUUGAUUUCUUUCACACAGCAGGAUCUCUCUGCCAUCUCUUUCUUCCAGUUCCAGCUCUGCAGGGAAGAAAGUCUACUGAGAAACAUCCCAGUGGGCAAACUGCUUGCACCUGAUGAAAAUGGCAACAGGCUGCUGCACAAGGCUGUCGCUCAGGGAAGAAGAGCUCUGACUUACGUGCUUGCACAGAGAUUUGCAUCCCUAAAUAAAAUUGACGAGAAGGAUGCAGAGAAACGGACUGCAUUACAUCUUGCUGCAGAAAAGAACCAACACCUGAUGGUCAGUGACCUGAUUUCGCUGGGAGCUAAUGUCAAUGAACAGGACAAUUUGGGGAAAACCCCACUCCACCUCUGUGCAGAGAAUGGAUAUUUGCGAGUUCUAGAAGUUUUGAAAAACUGCAAAGAAAAUGGCAUGUGUGUGGAAGUGAACCUGACUGACCAUUAUGGUUUAACACCGUUACACUGUGCCGCUCUUUCCCACACUGUCUUAGUUAUGGAAUCUCAAAAAACUGACAUCAAUACUGACAUGGGAAGGUUUCUCAAACUACGCAAAGAUCAAAUUCUUGAGGGAAUUAACUGUUUGUUACAAAUGGGAGGAAAACCUGAGCUGCAGGUACUAAAUUCGUGUCAAAUUACCACUCCCUGUUUAAAAAUAGAGGAGAAUACUGAGCUAAUGCGUUUUCUCCAGACUCAUAAACCCAGGAGACAGAACGUCCUUCAAGAGGGUUAUGGUUUGCUUGAUGCUCCAAGAAGAAUGCCUUACCACUCACCACCAGAUAAUGUUUCUGAACUUUUUCCCCAUUUCAUCUUUGGGCUUCUUUGACAUCAUUCUUAAAGGGAAAUGCUGAUAAGGCUCAUUAUCUGCAUCUCAUGGUCCGUAUGCUGCAGCUGUUGCUGAAGAAUAGACAGAGAACAGACAGUAAAAGUCUUUGAAUGUAUUAGAGCUUGAACUGACUGUUAAAAAAAAAUCUCCUUAGUAUCUGGAAACAAAGA